AUGCUGUCUGCUUCUGGUAAGAAUGUGGUUCACUGCUUCCCCAGAUAUGGUACUUUAAGUUCUAAACGUUUAAUCCACCAAACAAGGAGCAUCUUGAAUAAGAAGGAGGAGUUUAGAGUUGAUGAAGCUGAUUUGUUUGCUCCAAGAUUGAAUGGUUCGGAUUAUAAGUCUGUUAGGGAGUCUAAAUUGAAUUAUGAUUGGAAUCAAGGACGUUCAGAAGAAGAAAUGAAGAAAGAAUCUCAUGAACGUAUGGAAAGAAUGGCAAAACUGACUGCAAUGUUUCAGGGCAUUAUGAUUGUAGUUGGUAUUGGUGCUGUUGGUACUACAUAUAUGAAUUGGCCAGCAAUUGAAAGUUGGUGGGUCAGAAAGGGGAAAAGAUUAUUAGGGUACUCUUCUUCUGAAGGGCAUGUUAAUAAAAAAAUAUUUAAAAAAAAGACUCCAAUUGUACCAAUUGUUCCUGAAACUCAAUUAGGUCCUACUGUUCCAGGUGUGUACUAUUGGGGCCAUCAGGUAAACUCUUCUGGGAAGGAAACUGAUGUUGCAUUCCCCUUACGUGUUACUCAUCUUGAUAAUAUGCAAUUUCGCGACAUAUAUUUAGGUAACGAUGGUAAUAAUUUAGCCAUUGAUUCCAGAGGUGAUUUAUUAUCCUGGAACUGCGAUAGAAAACAUUUAUUAUUAGCCGAUCAAAAUUUAGUUAAAUUGAAGGUAUCAAACAACACUGCCUAUGGAUUGAAUAGAUCAGGUGAAAUUUUGGUGAUUCCUAUUAAGAAUGAUCAAGCUCUAGAAUCCCACAAAUCUUUGAAAAGGUCGUUCUUUCUACCUUGGAAGAAAUAUACAACUUACAAUUGGAAAUUAGACGUUAAACACAGUUUCCAAGAUAGAGGAGAAAAAUAUGUGACGGAUUUUGAUGCUGGUAAAGAGCAUUUAGUACUUUUAUCAAAUAAAGGUAAGGCGUAUUCAUGUUCUACUGGGUUGAAAUUGUUAAAUAAUUCUAAAUCAAGAGGUCAGUUUGGUAUUCCUGCCUUUUCCCAAUUUGAUACUUUGCCAGAGCCACAUAAAUUAUAUGAAAUUGAGUUACUUAACAAAGGUAUUGACAAAUUAGAUAAUUUAAUAGUAAGAAAAAUUGAACAAGUCUGUUGUGGUAACUACCAUACUGCUGCAAGGGAUUCAAAAGGUAAUGUAUUUACAUUUGGAUCUAAUACCUAUGGUCAACUUGGAUAUCCGAUUUCAUAUAACUCAGAAAUUGUCUCCUUUCCUAAGCAAGUUGGAAAACUUCAGCCAUAUUUUUCUAGAGAUGAAUAUUAUAGAGCUACAAACAUCGAAGCAACAGCCGAAGCCACAUUUCUAACAGUGGGAUCACAAACAAUGGAGAAACAUUUCCAGAAUAAUUCAGAGUUUGUCAAGACUAAGUAUUUUGCUUUUGGUAAUGGUAUAAAUGGUACAUUGGGCUCAGGAAAUUUCAAAAAUUCCCAAUCUGGUCCAAUUCCUUUAAAGGUUCUAAAUGAUACUCAGGACAAGGUUGCCAAUUGGAGUUGCGGUGAAGAACACAUAUUAUGUAAGCUAGAAAAUGGAUACGUCGUUGGAUGGGGUUUAAAUAGUAGUUACCAGCUAGCUAAUGGUAAGAAGAUCAAGACAGCUAGACCUGAAAAUUCACUGGAUCUUUUGAAGCCAGGUGAAAAGAUAAGUUACGAAGACUUACGAAACACAAAGCUGUGUUUGAACGAGAAGCAACAGAUAGCUACAGGUGGCAAUUCUUGUUGUAUAUAUUGGAGAAUCUAG